CAUCAUCACAUCUUCGGCUUGAUCGAUAAUCGAUAAGUUAUCGAGCUUACAAGACAGAACUCCUGGUAUAGAACACCUCAGAAUCACAUUAAUCCUGAUGCCUGACGCACAGACCACCAAAUUCUUUCAGAACCGCGUCGAGACCGCAUUGCGAGAGCACUCGACCCGGAGCAACCAAUUUGGCAAGAAUAUCUGGGACCACUUGCACUUUGCCAGUUGCCAAUUGGAGGAAGAACCUGGGAGUCAAGGAUCUGCUAAACCUCGUCGGAAAGCUACGGUCAUCGUCGAAGCUACGGUGAGGGAAGAUUGGCUGAAUCCAGUCGGGGUACUACAUGGAGCUGCGACCGCCUACCUCGUCGACAUCUGCACAUCGCUGCCUCUCAUGGCGCUAAGCACGGACGACUUCUGGGCGGGAUUAGGAGGUCUAAGCCAAAAUAUGAAUAUCCUGUAUCACGCCCCUGCCCCGUUAGGUACCAAGCUCAAGAUCAUCUCCGAGACACUCAACGUGGGCCGUUCGGUAGCCAACAUGCGAUGCCAGAUUGUCGAUGCUUCCACCGGCAAGCUCAUCGCUUCGGGAACCCACAGCAAGGUCGCCAAGAACCCAAUGGCCGCAAAGCUCUAAGAAGAGGUUUCGAGGGUAUAGUUGUAUAAGGACAUUUGCAAUGCAUGACACGAACAGAAGCGCCU